UGGAUCAGCUCCCGGCUGCUGGAGGGGACAGGAACAGGGACGGGGACCAGGACGAGGACAGACAUGGCUGCCCCAAGACAGCCCCAGAAGGCCACCUAUGAUGCCAUCGUCAUCGGGGCUGGCAUCCAGGGCUCUUUCACUGCUUACCACCUGGCCCAGCGCCACAGGGACACUCUGCUGCUGGAACAGUUCAUCCUGCCCCACUCGAGGGGCAGCUCGCACGGGCAGAGCCGCAUCAUCCGCAGAGUCUACCCCCAGGAGCGCUACUCCCGCAUGAUGCCCGACUGCUUCCGCCUCUGGCAGCAGCUGGAGGCUGAGGUCGGCACCCGCCUCUACAGGCAAACAGGACUGGUGGUGCUGGGGCCAGCGGGAGAUCCGGAGCUGGAGGGCUGUCGGCGCAGUCUGGGUGAUGGUCAGGUCCUCGACGCUGCGGCGCUGGCCCGGCAAUUCCCUGGCUUUCGGCUCCAGGCUGGUGAGGUGGCCGUGUUGGACAGCACUGCCGGGGUUCUCUUCGCUGACCGGGCACUGAGGGCAGUGCAGGAGGUCUUUUGCCGACACGGGGGCACCGUGCGGGAUGGGGAGAAGGUGCUGCGCAUUGAACCUGGGGCCGUGGUCACCGUCACCACCACAGGUGGGGUGUACCAAGCCCCCCGGCUCAUCAUCACGGCCGGAGCCUGGACAGGUCCCCUCGUGGAAUCCCUGGGUCUCCGCCUGCCGCUGCAGCCCCUGCGCAUCAACGUGUGUUACUGGAGGGAGAAGGAGCCUAAGAGCGCCAACAUGGGCAGUGUCAGUCCCUGCUUCCUGACCCUGGGGCUGAGCCAAGCCCCACAUGGCAUCUACGGGCUGCCCGCCCUCGAGUACCCAGGGAUGGUCAAGGUGUGCCGCCACCAUGGCAGCCCCACUGACCCUGACAAGCGGGAUCAGGACACCUCAGGUGCCGACCGCCCCGACAUCGGCCUCCUGAGCAGCUUCAUCAGCAGCUAUCUGCCCGGGCUGGAGACACAGCCGGCCGUGAUGGAGACCUGCCUCUACACGAACACUCCAGAUGGAGACUUCAUCCUGGACCGGCACCCCAAGUUCAGCAACAUCAUCAUUGGUGCCGGUUUCUCAGGCCAUGGGUUCAAGCUGGCACCAGUGGUGGGGAAGUUGCUGUGUGAGCUGAGCCUGGGAGAGGAGCCAUCCUACAACAUGGCCCCCUUCGCCAUCACUCGCUUCCCUGAUGUGCUCCAGGCUGCGCUGUAGGUGUGGGGCUCCAGAUGUGACCCCAUGGCACUGCACCAGACUGCAGCUGUGUCCCUGCAUCCCACUGACCUUACUCCCCAGUGGGCCUGCAUCAAUACCUGUCUCCAUCUCCCUGCACCCUGGCAUCCCAACAUGCUACUCUCCUCCAACCAUAGCUACCCUUCAUCCCCACAUCCCUAUAUUCCAUCACAUCACCCAGCAUCCUGGCACCAAUCCAUCCCAGCAGCCCUCCAUCUGUGCACCCCAGCACCACUGCACUUCCACAUCCCAGAACCUGGGUAUCCCCAUACUCCUGCAUCCCUGCUACCUGCAUCCCAGCAUCCCUGCAUCCCUAUACCCUGCCUCCCCACAUUCCAGCAUCCCCAUCUCCCUGCAUCCCAGCAUCCCCCAUGCCACUCGGUGCCAAGCCGUCUCUACCAACCACCCCGCUCCCUGGGAACAAAUUAAGGAGCUUUGUCAGCCUCAUGAAGAUGGAGCUGGAGCAGCGCAGAGAGACACACUCGCUUAGGAGUCAAGUUAAAUGUUUUAAUGUUAAAUGUGCCAUUUUAUUAUCAUUAGAUCGCUCCCACUUAAUGAAAGCGCA